CGCAGCGUCAGCCGGCAGAUGGUGGAGCUUGCGAUCCGGCAGGGGUUUGAGCUCCGGGCGGAGCAUAUCGCGGGCGUCGAGAAUGUGCGCGCAGAUCGCCUCAGCCGGCAGCUCAGCACCGCAUGGCGCACCGCCGCUGCUUAGGGCUGGCAGCCGGCGACUACCCGGGUGGGUGGUACCUUUGCGCCGGCUGCGUGUUGGCGGCGGCGGGCGUUGGGGCGGAGGCUGCCGAAGGCUACGUGAGCGGACUCGCCAAACGAUGGGUAGUGCAGGUAGGCAGCGCAUUGGCGGCCCGGUCUGCGGCCACCUAUGAGGCGGGGCGCCAGCGGUUCCUGAGGUUCUGCGUCGUUGUUCUGCGCCUGAGCGAGCAGGAUGCUUUCCCUCGGGCCCGGGGCCAGGACCUCAACCGCUUCCUGGUCUGCCUCUUCAUCACCCACGUGGUAGAGGCCAGUAAGGAGCACGGGCGAUGGAAGUCCCGGGCCGUAGAUGUGUACACUCGAAAGUCAGUGGCAGUCAGGCGGGCGGUGGUAGAGCAGAUGUGAUAAGGGAUAGGGAAAGGGGGGUUGUCUCUGCGUGGGCCUUGGAUAGGAGCAGGCCACGCAGAUUGGGUCCGUUGCCGUGCCAGCAGUAAUGCGUGUUAGCAGGUUAGCUGAGUACGUAAGAGGGCACGGGUAGCGCGUCAGGGGCCCAGUUGUUUCAUUCCCCCUUCUUCAGUUGGCUUCUCCCGGCAUGACUGGCUAUUUGGUUGGAGAGAGAGUUAAGGUGUUAUCGUGUUAUGGUAUAGGGUGGCUAUGUCACGAGCCACUACG